CGGUUCUGCAUGGUAGAAUUUCAACGACCCCUGAAGAUCAGCUGUUGUUUUGUCAAUUGUCAUCAUGGAGGAUAAUCAACAAAGUGGGAGGAUACAGAAUAGAUAAGAAUUAAAAUUUUUUUUAGCCAUAAUAAGAAACGAGACAGUGGUGUGUAAAACAUUGGUACUGGUCUUCAAAGUCCACAGGAACUAAACGUGAAUGAGAUGCAUUGGUUCGUCCUGCCCACUCCUCCCGAAGCCUAAGGUUGACUAGCUAUGGACCAAAACACCCUAAUCUCCGACCGUGGUCCAUGGUAUAGCCUAUGCUAAGGUUACUUCCUGCUACCACUGUUUCUUUCAUAAGUUCCUGUACAGUGACGUUGUUCGUUCAAUUGACAAGUAUAAGAAGUGUCCCUAAAAACUGCGAGACUUGUGACUGGCUUACCCUAGGCUAGCCUGAUUGAAAUUUGACGAGAUGGCUACCAUAUUUGAUCAGUAUGAAUCCCAAUCGCAGGGAACUGGUGUGUGCCUUAGGGAUUCCAUUCUGGGAACGACUGCAUUCAAGAAUCAGAAGCUGGAAGAAGAAGCAGCCAUCUUUUUGUUGGAUCGACGUGUCAACUUUUCGCCUCCCCAUCCCAUUACACACCUUGUCGUUUCCAAUCACCAUCUCGUCCUUGCAAUGGCUAAUAAAACGCUGAUCCGAAUAAAUUUGUCAAAUCCAAAUAAUUUAGAGGAAAUUGAUAUAUGCAAGUUAGCUCUACAGGCUAAGAUUUAUAACAUUUUUCUUGAUCCUACGGGUCAGCAUUUGCUCAUAAGUAUUGUAAGUAAAGAUGGUGUAACUCCUGUUGAUACACUGUAUUUACCAUUAAGAACAAAUAAACCAAAGUCUACUUAUAAGUUGAAAGGACAUCUAGUGACUAGUGUUGCAUGGAGUCAGAGAAAUCAGUCGGAAAGUGUAACAGGCCCUAUCCUCAUAGGAACUUCGAGAGGAUUAUUGUUUGAGAUGGAGUUAACUUCAGAUGAAAGAUUUUUUCAGUCUGGGCAUGAAGAAUAUUGUAAACAACUUAUUGAUUUUGGCAAAGAAAAACCAUUGGCCAUAUCGCAAGUAGAAUAUCGUAGUAGUCCUUCAGAUGACCUCCACUUUUUGGUGUUGUGUACAACACCAGAACGGAUAUACCAGCUUGCAGGUCGUGUUAAGUCUCUUGAAGAAAGACCCAUGUUUCUUUCACUUUUUAAUAACUAUCUUGGUCUGCCCCCAAGAUUCACUGAGCUUCCUAGUACUUGGAAAAAUUCGUGGCUUCAGAUUUAUCAUAGUGUGAAUAUUCCAAAACAUUUUGCGUGGGUGGUAGAACAAGGCAUUUAUUAUGGUGAUGUAUCUUGGACAGGAUUGAUACAUGAAGAAGCAUCUAUUCAGAAAGGCUUGAAUCCAUUCCCAGCUAGUGUUGAAGGAAGUGGCCCUCCUUGUGGUAUGAUUUUAUGUGAAUAUCACCUCUUUAUAGUUUGGCCUCACAAAAUUCAGGGCAUUUGUAUCCUUAACAAUCAGGUGGUGUUUGAAGGCUCAGUGCCAGAAGACUGUGGAAAACUGAUGGGAAUAGCAAGAGAUAAUGUACGUGGUUCCAUCUGGGUCUAUGCAGAGAGAGCAGUGUUCAAAUACAAAGUGGAUCAAGAGGGACGUAAUGUGUGGCGUAUAUAUUUGGACCAAGGCAAUUAUGACCAAGCCAAAAAGCUGUGUAGUAAUGAUUCUUCACGCUUGUAUGUUGUAUUGCUGAAAGAAGCUCAAGAUUUGUUUGAGAAAAAAGAUUAUCUUCGCAGUGCAAAGCUCUUUGCCAAGACGCUGACAUCAUUUGAAGAAGUUACGCUAAAAUUUGUUGAAGUAGGAGAGGAAGAGGCUUUAAAGAUUUACCUCCAUGAAAAAUUGGAAGGUUUGAAAGUUAGUGAACAAACACAGGUGACACUAGUGGUUGUUUGGUUACUUGAGUUGUAUCUUAAGAAAUUAGGAAAUCUGCGAGAUGCAGGUGAGCAAAACACACAAGUGUAUCGGAAUUAUGAUGAACAACUGAAGGCUUUCUUACAAGAUCCAAAAGUUCGUCAGAGCAUCAUAAACAAUUCUUCAGCUGUAUAUGAGUUGUUGUCAUCCCAUGAUGAUCAUGACAAUUAUGUAAAUGUGUCAAUAAUGUUGAAAGAUUAUGAUAGAGUUCUGCGACACUUGAUUCAUCAUGGCCGAUAUAUUGAGGCACUGGAGGUUUUGAGUAACCAAGGGUCUGAAAAACUUUUUUGUCAGCAUAUUCCAACGCUUAUGAAAGAAAUCCCCAGGGAGGCUGUGGACUGCUUGAUUUCCCAAGGAAGAAGGCUUAGUCCUGUGCAGCUUUUACCAAUUUUAGUUCACUGCCAUUCAUGUCAUGGACAUGGCAAGGAAGUGCUUCGUUAUAUAGAGUACUGUGUGGAUAAACUAGAUGUUACAGAUGAAGUUGUACAUAAUUUCUUGAUAAGUCUGUAUGUCAGUGAACGCCCUGAUAAGUUAUUGCCGUAUUUUAAAUUGCAAGGUGAUGAUAGUCAGAGUGUUCACUAUGAUCUUAAAUUUGCACUCAGAGAAUGCAUAUCGGCUGGAGAAGAGAAAGCUUGUGUACAUAUUUUGACCACAAUGGGCCUUUAUCAAGAUGCUGUUGAAUUAGCUCUCAAACUAGAUACCAUUUUGGCAAAAUCAACUGCAAAUCGACCAAAAUAUGAUCAAGAUUUGCGCAAAAAACUGUGGUUAAUGAUAGCAGCGCAUGUUGUACAAGAAGAACAGGACGUGUCUCGAGCAAUGGAUGUCCUACGUGAAUGUGACCUGAUUAAGAUUGAAGAUAUUUUACCAUUUUUCCCAGACUUUGUUACUAUUGAUCAGUUCAAGGAUGCCAUUUGUUCUUCACUUCAGGAAUACAACCAACACAUAGAAGACUUAAAACAUGAGAUGGAUGAUGCUGCUAAAACAGCAGAAAAUAUUAGGAAAGACAUUCAGAAGUUUAAACAGAAGUUCUCUUUUGUGCAUGCACAAGAUCGAUGUUGUGAGUGUAAUUACCCCUUAUUAACACGUCCAUUUUAUUUAUUCCCAUGUUCCCAUAAAUUUCAUCAAGAUUGUCUCUCAGAUGCAGUAUUGGGUUACCUAAGUGAGACAAGACGGAAAAGGGUAUCCGACUUGAAAGGAAAGUUGUUGGCAAUAUCAAAUGAUGAGAGCACAACAGGAACUGGCGUUUGGGGUGACAGAGAGCAAAUUCAAUCAGAAAUUGAUAGCCUUGUUGCAGGAGAGUGUUUGUAUUGUGGUGAUAAUAUUGUUUCAAAUAUUGACACACCAUUUAUUAAUGCAAAUGAGUGGGAUGCUACAAUGGCAGAGUGGCAGUGAUUGAGGUAUAUUGAAAAGUCCAGAACAAGUGUAAUUUUUCCAAUUUCUCCCAUGUCAUGGUUGUACAUAUUUUCAUAUAGUAAUGACAGUCACUUCUUUUGUCAGUGAAGUGGUUUUGCAUGAGUUAAAUGACUAAUGUUUAUUUUGUUAUACAAUGUUGUUUGUACAAGCAUGUCAGCAUAUUUUCAAAACUUAGCUUAUAGCAUAAUUGAAAAAUAAAAUAGUUUUUUAUGCUAGAUAUAUGAAGAUUUAAAGUUCAGUGCUAUUUCUCAUUUAAACUGAUGAUAGAGAUUAAAAAUAUGAAUGCCUGUUUAUUAUAAUUUCUUCAAAUUAAAAUCAGUUCAGCAGCCCUUGCAAAUUGAUUGUUAUCUAGAUUUCAUCACUGAAAUUUGUCACAAUAAAUUUUUAUUAGUUA